AUGUACACGGGCACCAUCCGUGUGAGCCCCGGCAACGUCCACGAGGUGCUGGAGAUGGCGGACAGGUUCCUGCUCACGCGGCUCAAGGAGUUCUGCGGGGAGUUCCUCAAGAAGAAGCUCAACCUCUCCAACUGCGUGGCGGUGCACAGCCUGGCCCACAUGUACUCCCUCAACCAGCUGGCCCUCAAAGCGCAGGACAUGAUCCGCAGGAACUUCCACAGGGUGAUCCAGGACGAGGAGUUCUACACGCUGCCCUUCCACCUGCUCAGGGACUGGCUCUCGGACUCGGAGAUCACCGUGGACUCGGAAGAAAUCCUCUUUGAGACCGUCCUGAAGUGGGUGCAGAAGAAUCCCAACGAAAGGGAGAGGUACUUUGAGGAGCUCUUCAAGCUGCUUAGGCUGUCGCAGAUGAAGCCCACGUACCUCACUCGCCACGUCAAAGCCGAGAGGUUGGUCUCCAGCAACGAAGCCUGCGUCAAGCUCGUGUCCGAAGCCGUGGAAAGCCACGCGCUGCGCUCGGAGAACCUGCAGUCCGGGAAUCUGCAGCAUUCCACUUGUCCUCUAGCAUCGCUGCCUCGCUUCGGGCAGAACAUGGACGUGAUCAUGGUGAUCGGCGGCGUGUCGGAGGGAGGCGAUUACCUGAGCGAGUGCGUGGGGUAUUUCCUGGACGAGGACAGGUGGGUGAACCUGCCGCACAUCCACAAUCACCUCGACGGGCACGCGGUCGCCGUUACAGAGUCUUACGUUUACGUGGCGGGCUCCAUGGAACCCGGGUUUGCCAAGACCGUUGAGAGGUACAAUCCAAACAGAAAUAUUUGGGAGCAAGUCUCGAAUUUAAUAACCAGAAAACACUCUUUUGGCCUUACUGAAGUGAAAGGAAACUUGUACAGUAUCGGUGGACAUGGCAAUUUCAGUCCAGGCUUUAAAGAUGUAGCCAUUUAUAAUCCUGAGGAAGACAAAUGGCUUAACCUGGAGUCGGCACCGAAGAUUCUGCGCGAUGUCAAGGCCGUUUCUGUAGAAGAUCGGUUCGUUUACGUUGCUGCCCGUACCCCCGUCGACAGCGACAGCGAAGAUGGGUUGAAGGCCGUUAUCAUCAGAUACGACGCAGAAACGCGGCAGUGGCAAGACGUGGAGUCUCUGCCCCUCAUUGAUAACUACUGCUCCUUCCAGAUGUCUGUUGCUAACACAAACUUCUACCAUACCGCGUCCUGCUGCCCCAAGAGCUACCCGAUCGAUAACGAGGAAGCGAAGCUGAAGAUUUCGGGCAGGGCCUCGGACGAAAUCCUGGAAAGUUUACCCCCCGAGGUCCUGAGCAUCGAAGGGGCAGCCAUCUGUUACUACAAGGACGACGUUUUCAUCAUCGGGGGGUGGAAGAACAGCGACGACAUCGACAAGCAGUACAGGAAGGAGGCGUAUCGGUACUGCGCCGAGAGGAAGCGCUGGAUGCUGCUGCCCCCGAUGCCGCAGCCGCGCUGCAGGGCCACGGCCUGCCACGUGCGCAUCCCCUUCAGGUGCCUGCAGGGAACCCAGAGGUACCCCAUGCCGCAGAACCUCAUGUGGCAGAAAGACAGGAUAAGGCAGAUGCAGGAAAGGCAGAUGCAGGAAAUCCACAGACACUUUCUAAGCUUACGAAGAAUGCCGCGCUCGCAGAUCGAGUGCUAGUUUCUGCAGGAUCACUCCUGGUCGGUC